UAUGCUGAUUCAAUUUCAGUUUCUAUAUCUUCUUGUUGGUUGUGUGUGUGUAACUUUUGCUAACGGUCCAGACAGCCUCAGCUAUUGGGUGGUAUAAAAAUGAAAUAAAGGAUAAAAUAGAUCUUAAGGAACAUUUAAUAACUAGUUCCCAUGGAAACAUAAUCUGUAGCUCCCCAUGUAUGUAGUCAUUUGGCCAGGACCAUCUAUGCAAUCUGUUGAAAUACUUCUGACUUGAUUAACCCUCUUAUAUCCAAAAACUUCCAAAUCCUAUAAUAGUAUAGUAGCAUAAACUAUAACAUAAAACUGUAAUUAUUAUGGGUACUUAACUCUGAAACUCUACAUGUGGCUGUUACAUAAUGUCUGUUUCUAUUCUUCCCCCAAAUAAAUGAUGAAACCACUUAAACCAUGGACUUAAGUGUUUGUUACAGCACAGGAUCAAACUCCUUGGGUGUUGUAGUAAGUAGCUGCAGGAUAAGUCAAAAUGUCUUUGCAGCAAUUCUGCAAGAAUAGGAAAGGUCACAAGUGAGGUAUGUAGCUGCCAAAAUAGGGUGAUUGCUCAGAGACUCAUAGAGGUAAAUACCCACUGAAUGGGGACAAAUGCUUGUAAAGUGAGAUAAGUAGCUGCAGGAUCAAGCUGCAUGCCAAUCCUGCAAUAUAGUUAAGUGGUGGCAUGAUUAUAAUGAAGGUGAACAGUGCAGGUGAGUAGCUGAAGGACUUGGAUAAAUGGCCAAAUAAACAGAAGAAGCUGCAGAAUCAGUGAUAAUGUUUAUGUAACAAUGCCAGCUUUAUAUAAGGUGCUAUAGAGGCAGGUUGGUCUAUUCCUGGGGUUGCUAUGGAAGAAAGCAAGUCUUCUCUUGUCCACUUGUUCUUUCAUGUUCUGACUGCUGCUGACUACACUAGAAAGCAUCUUCUUGCCUAGCAGCCACUCCUCUGUUUCAGCCCUUUAGCCUUUUAAUGAGCCAGCUGUUCCUUUUAUCCUCCUACCACCCUAUUGUAUAUCUUCUGUUUGGUGUUUCUUUUCGGUUGCCCUUUUCAUUCAUGCAUCCUGAAUUUCUUUAUCCCAGUUCUAUCUUCUCCCUCUCUGCCCUAAGGUUCCAGCAUUCAGACUGUUAUCCUGUGCCUCUGCCUCACGUUUCCUUUUUCCCUCAUUGUCCCAGAACCAUAUAAAGAGCUCUUGCCCUGAUUCCCUUAGCUUCUGUUUAACCACCUCUAACUGUAGUUGGCUACAGUCAUUCAGCAACUGGGGAUGCCUGCAGGAUUAUAUGGAACAGUGCCCCUGCCUUUGUUCCUCACAAUGUCUAGCAACAACAGUUAGUGAACAGGUUCACAUGGCAAGACAACCCAUCAUUGGCUGCUACCCAGUUAUAUCAUGCAAACGUGGUUUUAUUCCCACAGAGAGGCUUGGGGCAAUAAGCCACCCUGACAACCCACAGUUCAUUCCAGGGGUUCUUAUGCACAUGGUGGGUUGCCAUGUUCUUCAAACCCAGGGAACCAAUCCCACCAUGGGUACUAUACAUCGGCUACCAAGCCUGUUUGCAAGAGCAGCAAAACCCCUUGGCAUUUUUGCAAGUGCUCCCUUGCAACUCCCAGUGCCAACCAGCCCCAAAGUCUCCACAAAGUCUCCAUAGCUUGCAAGCCUUCUAUCCUUGUGUUGGCCAAGUCCUUGCUGGUGGCCCUCAAGCAGUGGGCCCUGUGGCAUCAUUGCAUGCAUUGAGAUACUGAAAGAUUCCAUAUGGCCCAGUCAUGAUUGGACAGCCAGUGAGGCAUAGUGGCAAGAGUGUUGCACUGGGACUCAAGAAAUCCAGAUUCUAGUGCCCACCCAGCCAUGAAGACCCCGGGUGACUUGGCCCAGCUACUGACUCUCAGUGUAACUGACCUCACAGGGUUGGUGUGGAUAAAGUAGGGAGGAGAAGAAUCACUGGCACCACCUCGGGUUCCUUGGAGAAAAACAUUGUGAGGUACACGUUUUUAAAAAUGGCUCUCAUAUUUGAAGGCACAUGGGCAGGAAGCUAGCAUGACUGCCAUAUCUGUAUCCUUUGGAGCUUUCCUGGUUGUGUGUUUUUCUCAGCACAGGACUGCUCCAUUACGGCUUUCCUACCAGCACAUAGUUGCUUUCCCACCCCACCAUUAUAUUUGUUUGGUUGUUGAACUAUUCGUGCUGGAUGGAGGUUCGCAACACAGGUAGCAUUAGGGUAGAUGCUGCUACCAUUGUUCACAGCUGCUUUUCUGAAGAUAGUCCCCUCUCCAAAAAGCUGAAAGAAAACAGUGGUUAUAUUUAUUGAUUACAUUUAUUUAUAUCCUGCCCAUUCCCAGUUAUAAAACAUGGCAGAUCACACGCAAAAUAAAUAAAAAUCCUGAGCUCAUAUGCCACAGGAAUGACAGCUCUACAGCAGCCUUCCAAGCCUAUUGUUCACAUGUUUUGGCCAGGGAAUCCUAGGAGUUAUAGUCUGGCACAUCUGCAGAGCACCAGGCUUGGAAAGGCUGCUUUACCAUAUUUUCUCUCCGCAGAACUAUCGUAACAAUCUAAGUGUAAUUUCUGUACAGCUUCUUCCCGGUAUUUGUUUCUUUACUUUUGGAGUGAUGUGUUUGUCCCUGGGAAAGGGGAGGAAUGCUUCCACAGAGGUACUCUUAAUUGCUGAGAAAUUGCUCUUCCUCCAAAACAGAUCAUCUGAGGUUCAGGGGGCUUAUAUAAUUUAUUCAGCUGAAUCCAAGACAUGUACAUUUUCAAUACUCACUGUCUAAUUGCCAGCUCACUACCUAAUGCUAUGUAGGGUGGAGGCAGAAACAUAUUACACAUAGGCCUGUUUGGGUCAAACCCAAAAAUGAGCAGAGUAAAAAUUCUGUAAGUUUGUGAUCAUGCAGACACCAGGACUUAGGGUGUGAGUGGGGGCAGAGGGGUUGUAACAUCUCCCCUGCUGCAGAGAUCUGAAGACCUCUAAAGCUUGCAUGUUUUUGAUGGCUUUAUGGAUGGCCUAAGAAAAAUAUUACACCAAAACCAGACUUCGGAUAUUUUUUUUAAUAACUGGCAGGGCUACCUUUGCUUUCCAUAGGGCUAUAAUGGCUUAACAGAUAAAUACCACAUGCCGUAAAAAAACAAACACACACACACACACUGGUUCACAGCACCUGGAAGGGUAUGUUUAUAUGUAUUACAUUUCCUUUUAUGCUAUUUCCUCAUCCAGUAACAGAAUUCCAGUGGAGAAGUGACGUGUUGUAGCUUAGAGCCUGGGGUCAGAUUCCUUACACUUCUAACCAGCAUAGUGUUCUCAAACCCAAGCCAAUUCUCAUUAAUAGAACACUUUCAUGUGAUCCAGAGGGAAGGGGAUCCCUGCACAGAAAAGGAGUAAAAGGCAGUGAAGGAGAUAAAAUCAGGGAAGAAAAGGUUUCUUUUUUAAAUUGGAGCCCUCACCAUCCCCAUCUGAAGAUUCAGUGCCACCCUGGCCCAGGAAGCGGGACAAGAACAACAGCCUUGUUCAUUCCCAACAGAAAGGAUAGAAGAGCCACGCAAUAUCCUUCGGGUUGGGAAACCCCUCGCAUGGCAUCAUUCAAGAGGCCUCUAGACUGAAGUGCAUUGUGGAAAAAUCCCUUGUUUUGCUAUAAAUCUCAUUUGCCUAUAACUUCGUACAAUAAUUUGAAGCUGGCUUGUUUCAUAUAAACGGGUGAUCUGGAAACCUACAUGUCAAAAUGGGCAAUGAAAACAGCAACCCAGAAAAUCAGGAAGUUCCAUCAGUUCCAGAGACAGUCCAGCUGCCCCCUGAUGAGAAAGAAAUAAAAAAGAAAAAGCAGAGGAAAAGGAACAGGGGCAGACCUGCUGAGCAAGAUGACUUGGAUAGUUCACCUUUAGAUUCUGCUCCUCCAUUACCAUUGCCAGGUAAUGGCUCCUUCUUAAGUGGAAGCGAUACAAGAGGCAACUGGCCAUUAGUGCCUUAUUGGAAGGAAGGGGAGCUCUACCAGUCACUUGCCCCAAAGAAUCUUCUUUUUGCUGGGGUCGAUGUAAAUGAAGAUUCAAGGUCCCAGACCUCAGGCAUAAACAGCCUAAGAAAUGAAGGCCUCUGUAGCAAUGCUGCUGAAGAACCACCCAGCACAAACCCAGUUUUGGUGUCUCCACAUGUGAUGGCCCUGGAGAAUGCCCUGUGUAACCUGGAAGACCAAGCCACAUCUGACACCUUGGAGGGGGCGGCAAGAACACUUCUGCCAGUGCCCCUGGUGGAGUGUGCCAAGGAAUAUGCUCCAGCGAGUCUUGAUGUCAGCCCCGGGGGGUUGCCUAUCCUGUUGCCAUACCCAAUCUCCAUGAAAGAGACAGGAUCUGCCCCUGUGGCAUCUCUGGACAGUGGCAUAACUGUUGAGCAACAGUCUGCUACCCUGCUUGUAGCGAAGGAUGAGCAAGAUAAUUCCAGUUCAGACCUGAGGUCAUCAUCAGGUGCUACUUGCAAGCUCGGAGCUGGACUUGCACAGACCGGUACAGAUAUAUUGCACCCAUUACAGCAGAGUGAACAGCUGAGUGAUGAGAGGGAGGCAUCUGUCAUCCCAUUACCCGAGAGAGAAGAACAGAAAGAUUAUUGUAUCACUCAAGAGACCAGUCAGGAGACAGAGUGUUUGCAAGUGGAUCACGAAGAGCAGGCUGCAGUAAAACUAGGUGGACAGAACACAGAUGGUGUAGACAGCCUGGUGAUGAAAGAGGAAACCUUAAUCCCAAAUUAUCCCACCACAGGGGGUUCAGAUAUUGAAAACUGUGGAACAGUUGUUGAUGGCCAGAGUCUUGUGGGGUUGAGUGUUGCCAUCAGCCAGUGUAGCAAUGAUGCAGCAGGGAACAAAGGGGAUGAAUGCCAUCCAGUUUUUCCAGAGAAGUUCAGGGAGCAGUCUGUGCCUGUUCCUACCACAUCCGAUAUCACCUUGGAUCUUUCAAACCUGACACUGGCAACUGCAAUUGAAGGACAAAACAAGGGUUUUCUGUUGGAAAAGGCAUGCCCAGAUGAAGCUCCAGGUACACAACCAGGAAUCCUCUUCACUACCGAAAGAGAAAAUCACAGUGUAGCUUUACUCAUUAGCUCCGAGCUUGCCAGUGUGCCCUUGUUGUCUGAGGAGAAUGAAGAGCAAACACCAAGGACUGUGUCUGAAGGCAGAGCAGAGCAAUUUGGCAGCAGGGAAAUCACACAAGCUGAACAUGUGAGUGGAGGAAGCAUCACUGUAGCUGGCUCAGAAAAUCUUGUGCAUCUUGUGAAGGAAGAUUCUGUUGUAGAUGAAAGAUUGUCACUGGGGGAAAGUGUAGGAGAUGCUGCAAGUGAGAGUGAGCUCAUUAAACAAGGAAAUGUCACACCUGAAGAAAACAAAGACAUUUCUUUGGGACAGCAUAGAAGUCUUGAGAGGGCAGUUUUAACAAGUCCAACUGUGCACGAAGAAGUAAACUGUUCCCAAGGGACACUGCUAACCUUUGAUAGUUGCACAAAGCAGGACAGCCCUGACAUUAACUGGGAUGAUCAUAGAAGCUCUCCGGUAGAUGCUUCUAAAAAUGUUACCAGUGGCAAGGCUUUGGGAAAGGAUGCCAGUUCUGAAUGGAGUCUGCAUACGCUCAAAGCUCAUUUACCUGAUUUAAGUCUGGGAUCAGAGACAGAGAAAACAGCCACAAAUGAAAACAUGCAUACAAGCCCACAGUCUGUCAAAACACUAUAUUUACAAGGGGGGAAAUGCUCACAGAGCUGUGAUCUUUUAAAUCUCAGUGCAGAAGAUGCGCCACUUCACUUUCCAGAGUCUAGCAUGGCAGACAAAGUUUGUUUAGCAGAUGUACAUGGUUCACUGCUGAUGCACUCAGAGGACAAUGCUGUUAUGCAAAAUAAGCAGAACAGAUCUGGGGAUCAAACAUUUGCUCAGAGAACUGAAGGGGAGUUGGAAGGCCAAGUUGAGCAUGAAAUAACAUCUGAAGGCAACCAAGCAUCCCCAGAAAAAAUACCAGUUCCUAAAGCAGAAACAGAGCAUCAGGACUUAAAAGAAUCAGCAAAAGAAUCGGAAUGUGUUUCAGUAGAAAAAGCAACACUCCAGGAGAAUAUAUCCCCUUCUGAAAGCAAAAAGCAUAGCCAGAUAGAUUGCCCUGAUGCUGACUAUGUACCUGUGACUGUUGCUGAACAAAGCGAUACUGUGGAUGAGAAAGUAAGUAAUGAAACCAGACAGGGGGAAUACAAAACAGAAAUGAAAAGUCAAACAGCUGACACAACUUUGGCUCCAAAACCCAAAAGCAAAUUGGACUCCCCGCAGCAAGUACGGCAGGAACAAGUGACUGAAGAAAAUGAGCAAGGCAUGAAAGAGGAUGCUUGUGGCAGCCCGCCACCACAGCCCAUGAGCAGGGUGGAGACUGGUUCUCAGCUGCUGGAGUCUGCAGACGUGAAGGAUAGCAGUAUAAGGGACCCUAAAUAUGCACUAGAGAGUAAUGGUGCAUCUUCGGAAGUUCUUCAUGGAAAGACCAUGGAUGUACAACAGAUUGUGGACACUUUGAUACCAUCUCCACAAGCAGAGCUGAAAGAUAGUCCAAAGCCUCUUGCUUCAGCUGGCAGUAAUCAACAGCACAUUUCCAGCACAGAACUCAAAGGCCUGGAUGACAAUUAUCUGACAGCAGUUACAAAUCCCGAUGAACAAGAGCCUAAUGAAAAGCCCCCAGAAACCAAAAAUUCACUGGUGGUAAACCAACCCAAUGACCAUCCGGGGCUUUAUGAAAGUGAAAAGAAUGUUACUGCAGAUGUUCUACAUCAACCCCAAACAGUUCUUUGUGGGUUAGAGAUGAAACUGAAUGAUCCCACAACUGGCACGGAUGAAAAUGCACCCUUAUCGAGUAUUUCUGAAUCUGUGGGAGGUUAUAUGCAAGAUCACAACCUGCAAACCGUAGCACAUUCACAGGCAGAAGGAAGUUGUUUCAACAAAGAAAACUUCAGCAAGUCUGCUCAAGAGACUUCUAAUUCCCUGAGUUCGGACCAUCCUCAUGAAGAAAUAGGUCUCAGGGAGGCACUGACUAAAGAAGCUGUCAUAAAUGAACAAUCAGAGGGACUAACAGACGGCACAGAACGAAGCAAUGGUAGUGUUACAGAGUGCAUUCCAUUCACACAGAAUGCAGUCACUGCCAAUGCUGAACAGUCAUUGCUAGUGGAUUUUAAAGUAACUUGUGCAGAUGAUUCUAAGAACAACAGGACUGACCUUAACCUGUCAAGUAAAAUAGCAGAAUUGGCAGAAAAAAGCUCAGACAUAGAAAUGAAGGAGAGGCCAAGUUUGACAGAAAAACUCAGACUGCAAGAUGAACCUGGAAAAAUAAGUUGUGAAAGGGCAUCUCAUUUCAUGGCUGCUGAAAACACAGAAGCACAGGAAUAUCCUCCUGUGUUACCUGAAAUCAAAGACAUUUCUUCAAGUGGUGUAUCAUAUAAAACAGACAGUAUUGAACAGUCCGAGUUAAUACCUGCUGGCUCUCAAACACCUCUGGCAGCCCUUUCUGAUGAUCAGCACUGCAGAAUGAUCCAGCAACUCAUAAGCUCUGUGCACGAUGGCAAUGUGGGUGAAUUACAAAAAGAGCUAGAAGUUACAGCAUGCCAGAAUCUCUUGGGUGCUGCUGCAGCAGCUGCUACACCUAUACAGUUAGACAAUACUUCGGCAGAGAAAAGCACAACAGAUCAAAAGAGCCCUGAUGUACUGCAUUUCGACAAUAUUCCUGCAGAUGCCAUCCCAGGGAAUGAAUCUGUAAUUCCUAAUGAAAGCUUGCUUUCAGAAGAGGGUCUAACUAUACGAAACUCUUCUCAGGCUGGACAGCUUGAACGAAAUUUGUCACCAUUUAAUUUCAUGAAGCUGCAGACUGAGAUCUCAACAAUUAAAACGAAAGGAGCAAAAAGUGAUGUAAACUUCAAAGCCCAGCAAUUUGACAGCUCGGUAGAAAAUCUCUUCAGCUUUUCAAGCUUUGAAGAGAAGCUUUUGAACCUUUCAUCUUUUGGUAAGCAAGCAGACUGUAAUGAGGGCAUUGCAACAAAUAUCACCUGUGCAGAUGACAAGCACAGCAAGAGCUCAGAUGACACGGGGAAUAAGGAAAAGAGCAACUGUGUUUUGGAGGAAAAUUUUAGCAUCCCCAAGAUGGAAACCCCCAUGCAGUCUGCAGGGACCACUGAAAAAGAUCCGGAUGGUUCACAUUCCAGGGGCUUCAGUAUUGGCUUUUUGGAUUUCAGGAAGCAUAUUAGCAAAAUUUUUGAGAAGACAAUUCCAAAUACACCCAUUGCAGAAUUACCCAACCUUUCAGUUGAAAACAGUUCGGGUGAUGGGGGCAGCCCAAUGCCUAAGGAAAUACUGGAGUGUAAGCAAGAAUUAGAAGAGGCUGAAGAAAAGAAUGAAAACGGAGAACCCAAGAGUGUCCAGAAAACAGAAGAACGUACAUUGCCUUUAGAAGCUAGGAGCUGUGAUGGCGUAACUGAUAAAGGAAUAUUACAGGAGGAAAAAUUAUUCACAAAUGCUCAGGAUUCUUGUUUGCCAGGUGCCUUUUCAGAAAAGACCCUUUUUGGUGCAUAUUGUUUAAGUGAAGAAGCUUUGUCAAGUUUGCCAGAGUUAGAUAUUAAGGGAGACAAUAGGAAUGUGAAGACAAGGGAAAGUGAAUGCUUCAGUGCCACAAGCAGUGACCAUGAUGAGAAUGAUGUGAGCCUGGAAAGAGGAGAGUUGCAACCUGCAAAUUUUCUUAGCUCAGAAAUAGGGAAUCUACCUCCCACUUCUGGCGAUGAACUGUCUUUAGUGAUUGCUGCCUCUCAAGAAGUUCUGAAGAAUGAUUUUGACAGAACUGUUGCUGCAGAAGCAGAAGAAGGUAAUUUAAUUAGUGUGUGUAAAACAGAAGCAGCUUCAUCUGAAGAAGAAAGACACCAAAUCCAGUGCUGUGUUCCAGGGCCAAUAGAAGACAAAGGGAAUGGUAAGAAUGCUGUUGACCUAGGCAACACAUCCGUGCAGCCAUCUCUUGAAGAUGUUUUUCAUGUAUACAUACCACAAAUGGAACAGUCCAGGAUAUUGCCUGGGGAGAACAAGAGCAAAUCCACUUGCAGUGAACUUUUGGAUGAAAAAGCACUUCAAGAAAAAGUGUUUAUGACACCAGAUGCCUUUGGAAGUACAAAAUGCUUGCAGACAUCAACAGAUGUUCAAGAGCAAGAGAAAGGGCAGGACACAGCACUUCAUGGGCUAAUAGAGGAAUUUAAAAAUAAGGUACACCCUGAUGAUUUUUCCGCAGAUUGCUGCAAACCAGUAUCUAGCAGUGGGAGUGAGGAAUGUGUAGAAGAAGCAAAUGACACUUUGUUGAACAAAGUGGAAACAGAAGCAAAUAUUUCUGUUGACAUCCUUAGAACAGGUAUUACGAGCACGUUAUUAACUGAUGACUGUGCCUCAGCUUUGCAAUCCAGCAUGUGCUGUCAAGGGACUGAUGCAACUAAGCCCUCAGAAGACAUUCAAGGGAUGGAGCAAAACGUGUAUACAGAUGCUGAAGUCACUGCUGCAAAUCAGUGUACAGAAGAGAAUUUGGCAUAUGGGAAGUCCAUUCAGGAUGUCCAGGAGAAAGGAUCAAGCCCCUCAUUCCCAGAAACUGAGCAAAGCCUUCCUAGUGAACUGCAAACCCUGGCUGCAGAAGGAUUACCUGAUGAAAGCAAUAUUCCUGUGCUCUGUCAUUCUCUCCUUGCUGUACCUGAGAAGGACGCUAUAGCAGCCAAACGUACCUCUGGUGAGGCAAGAGAUGACAUCAGAGUAGAAAGCUCUUCCCCUGUUUCUGGUGAUCUCAUACAAUCAGUGCCCGAUGCAAAACUUUCUGAAGAGCCACUGACCACCUUUUUCUCAGCUGGGCAUGAUGCUGCUCUGGGUUCUGCUGCACUGACUGCAACAAGCAUUUCUCAACUGGGGGAUUGCCAAGAUACUGACAGCACCAUCACAGCUGUUUCUGACCUAAAAUCCUUGACUCCAGAACCAGCUACUGAAGCCCAGGAACCUGUUCAAGAAAACAGUAAACUUCCUGUGGAAAGCAAGAGGAGUUCAGAUUCUGAAGAAGCAUUUGAGACACCUGAAUCUACCACUCCUGUGAAGGCUGCGCCUCCUCUACCACAGCCACCACCUGAGGUUGCAGCAUUUGACAUAGAGGAACAGGAAGUCAGACCGCAGCUCCCAUCAGAGGACACAGGAUUUUGUUCUGACACCAUAUCAAUAACUGAUGUUUCACAUAGUGAAUCGGUGGAAGGAAGCCCAUUUCACCCUCCUUCCCACUCAGUUUCUACUGUUUUUGAUGAAGACAAGCCCAUCGCUAGCAGUGGGACUUACAACUUAGACUUUGACAAUAUUGAUGUUGUAGAUUCCAUACAAGUUACAGAUUCUAGCUCUCUGGACACAAGAAGUCGUGACUCCAAGUCGCAUGUUCGAAGAAAAUCCACAGAUUCUGUUCCAAUUUCCAGAUCUACUUUGUCUCGGUCCCUUAGUUUGCAAGCUGGUGAUUUUGAUGGAACAUCUUUUCUUGGGAAUAACGAGACAGCAGGUUCAUCAACAGAUACAUUUGGUACUGGUUCAAGCAGUGCUUCUAGCACUCUUAAGCGCACAAAGAAACCUAGGCCAGCUUCCUUAAAGAAAAAACAGGUAGCCAAAAAAUCUCUGGAAGUUCCACCAGUGAAAGAGCCAGGACCACCUGACAUAAAACAAGAUUCUGCUGCCUCAAGUGAAGAAAAAGUGUCUGAAGAGAGGUUGGAACCCCCUGAGUCUGAGUGUACGGGGACUCCCCAAAGUGCUGCUAAAAAACAGGGGGUCCCUCCUCAUCCAUCAGCAGCCUACCCACUUGACCCAAAUAACCUUGAGGAGAUUAAUACAUCUGGUGCUAGAGUUCAGAAUUCUCCCCCUGCCAGCAAGAAAGUCCUUCCUGUUACGACGGCACCAGAAGCCGUAGAGGUGGCACCCUCAGACACUGGGGGUCCAGAAGAGCCUCCGGUGAAAGGGUUAGCGGUGAGGUUGGAAUUUGAUUAUUCUGAGGAAAAAGGCAGUGGUGAGGAGCAGCAGGGAAGCCCCUCUCUGCCCAAAAAAGUGGGCAAAAAGCCUGGUGCCAAAAUGCCCCUCAGGAGGCCAAAGACAAAAAAGACUGGGGAGAAGCUUGACAAUGCUCCUGCCACCCCAACUAAGGCUCCCGCUGAUCCAAGUGACAUUCCUGUUCCCAAAGGCUCUUAUACUUUUGAUAUUGACAAAUGGGACGACCCUGACUUCAACCCUUUUUCUUCCACUUGCAAAAUGCAGGAUUCUCCUAAAUUGCCUUCACAGACAACAAUGUACAGUUUUGAUCCAGACAUGCAUGAGGAUGCUAUUGAUCCUUUCAAGCCUUCUUCAAAGGUAGCCAGCUCUCCCACGAAAUCUCCAGCCUCCUUUGAGAUACCAGCAAAUGCCAGCGAAAUCAAUGGGACUGAAGGAGAUGGCCUAAAUAAACCUGCAAAAAAGAAGAAGACACCACUCAAGACUGAUACUUUUAGGGUGAAAAAGUCACCAAAAAGAUCUCCAUUGUCUGAUGCACCUUCACAGGAGUCCACGCCACUGCCUACUGCUGAAACACCCUCUGUUGUAUCCACUGUGGUUCAUGCAACAGAUGAGGAAAAACUGGCAUCCUCAGUGGGCAACCAGAAAUGGACUUGUAUGACAGUGGACCUAGAUGCAGAUAAACAAGAUUAUCCUCAGCCAUCGGAUCUGUCAACUUUUGUAAAUGAAACCAAGUUCAUAUCUCCUACAGAAGAGUUGGAAUAUGGCAACUCAUAUGAAAUAGAAUAUAUGGAGAAGAUAGGCUCUUCCAUACCUCAGGAUGAUGGUUCUCAGACAAAGCAAUCUCUGUACCUUAUGUUCGAUGCACAGCAAGAGAGUCCGGUCAAGUGUCCUCCAGUCCGAUUAUCAGAUUCUACAACUCCUUGUUCUGGGUCAAGCUUGGAAGAAACAGAAACCCAGUUGCCCUCUGGAAUGAAGCUACAGCAUCCGGCGUCACGAUCCCUGGCUGCUAGCCAGGAACCAUCCCUGCAGGCUUCGGACAAAUCAAAAGCAAAAGAGCUGGUGCCCAUGGCCUUAGGGACUGCUUCUAACACCAUUGACAUAACCACAUCUGACGACCCCUUUGUCUCUGCUGAUGCUCUUCUCAGUAGAAUAUCUCAUCCACCUUCAGUGUGUGAUCAGCUUCAGUAUCUAGAGCCUGACUUAGCAGAAAAGAAUCCCCCAGUAUUUGCUCAGAAACUUCAGGAGGAGUUAGAGUUUGCUGCAAUGAGGAUAGAAGCCCUGAAGCUAGCCAGACAAAUUUCCCUGUCUUCUUUCAGCUCCUUAGAUACUGAGAGAGACCCUGCAGUCUCAGCUGAUGUUUCCAUCCCCAAAAGUGCACUGUACUCCUCCCGGAUAGGCAGCUCAGAGGGUGAAAAUACCUCAGGUUUGCUUUACCACCAGCAAGAUUUGGAUUCUGCAUUGAGAGUAGCCAGAGAAGAGAUUGUGGCUAAGGAAAGAGAGAUAUCGGAAUGGAAAGAGAAAUAUGAAGACAGCAGGAGAGAAGUCCUAGAAAUGAGGAAAAUCGUUUCAGAGUAUGAGAAGACAAUUGCUCAGAUGAUAGAGGAUGAGCAGAGAGAAAAAUCAAUGUCCCAUCAUACAGUCCAGCAGCUGCUUAUAGAAAAAGAGCAAGCACUAGCGGACCUGAACUCUGUGGAAAAAUCACUAGCGGAUCUCUUUAGAAGAUACGAAAAAAUGAAAGAAGUUCUUGAAGGGUUUAGGAAGAAUGAAGAAGUAUUAAAGAAGUGUGCACAAGAAUAUUUAUCAAGAGUGAAAAAGGAAGAACAGAGAUACCAUGCUCUUAAAAUUCAUGCAGAGGAAAAACUGGACAGAGCCAACGCUGAAAUUGCACAAGUCCGUGGCAAGGCUCAGCAAGAACAAGCAGCUUACCAAGCCAGUCUUCGUAAAGAGCAGCUGAAAGUGGAUGCAUUGGAAAGAACACUGGAACAAAAGAAUAAAGAAAUAGAAGAACUGACAAAGAUUUGUGAUGAACUGAUUGCCAAAAUGGGGAAAAGCUAACUUUUAACCAAAAUCUUGGAUUUCAACCUUGAGUGCAAUAUGACCAUUGGCACACUGGUGUCCACACAUAGGUGUGAACAGGAUCUAUUUUCACUUUUUUGUAUGCACUACUGUCUUUUUUCUUUCUUGAUAAUGUUAAUUUGAUUGUAUGCAGUACUAAGAAGACUAUCAGAAUUCCUUGCUAUUGUUUGCAAUUUUUUUCCUAGUAUAAUUCAUAGCAAGUUGAUAUCAAAAGUUCCUGUAUCAGGGAGAUUUGUCAAGUUCUUUAAUAAAUUACAGUUGCUCAUCCUAGCCUUCCCUUUGUACAUGAGUUCCCAUGUUGGAUGUCUUUUUUGGUUUUAAUAUAAAUGUGUAUUACUUGCAUGGGGACUCUUGCCUUAAGGAGUGUAAAUUUGAUCUGCAUUUGCUGAUUUGUAAAAUAAAAUUAAAACUUGAAAAAUC